CUGAACCGGUUGGUACAAAAAGCGCGCACUAAAAUGUAAACACAUUUCUGUGGCCGUGUGUAUCGAUAAGAUAUCAGUUUCAAAUUAAUUUCUAAUUACUGCGCUUAAAAUAUCAUUAACGAACUGAAAAUAGGCUCUAGCUAGCAUAUAAAAAGUAUUCCGCACAAUGGCAUCUUCCAACGGUAAACAAAACGGUGAUCAGGAAUCGCUGGACAUGGACGAAUUGGAACAGCUGUUGCUGGCCGCUGAAUCGGAAGAAAUAUCCUUCGUUAAGAUAGCACCAUCUACUAGUAAUCUAACUAGUACAAUUGACUCGCAAGGAAGUAGCUCACCUACCGUGAAAACAACCUGCCCUAAGAACGGUUCACUCUCACUAGAAGGUUCAACAUUUCUUAAGGAUGUGGCCGGCCAAGGUAAUCAAUCAAACAAGCAAGCCGACACUUCGAAGAAACCUUUGAGCGCAGUGCAUAAUGGAGAUACGGAUUCCUCUGACGAUGAAGAAGUGCGGAAUUAUUUAGAACGAAAAUACGAUGAGUAUGGAAAGGGCAUCAAUGCACUUUUGAAGCAAAAGGAAGAGGAACGAGUGGACUUUCAAAUUUCUAAAUUUAUUGACCAAGCCUUAAGAAAAGCAGACGAGGACACUUCCAAACUUCCGAAAAAAGAAAUUGUAAAACCCAAACCGGAGAAACCGGCUGAAAAUGUUCGACCUUUCUCCGGAGCUAUGAUGGUUGAACCUGCGGCACCGGUUUCAAGCCAUAAAAUUCCGGAAAUAUUCCAGAAAAGCGUUUAUACUGAUCCAGUUUUUGGUAUUCGCCUGGUACAUCCUCUUGUUUCCAGUAGUGUUCUGCAAGAAAGAAUGCAAGGCAGGAAACCAGUUCCAAUGUCCAGAAUUAAGUAUCACAUCGAACAUGGAAACGUAAAGGAAGAUUGGGCUAUUGCUGGGGCUGUUCUGAGUAAAAGUGCACCAAAGACGACAUCGAAAGGCAGUCAGUUUUCAAUAUGGAAGUUAAGUGAUCUCCACGGAGAAAUCAAAACGAUAAGCCUAUUCUUGUUCUCUCAGGCUCACAAAGAUCUAUGGAAAACGGCAGAGGGUAUGGUGAUCAGUGUUUUGAACCCAGGAGUUUUGGAUCGCAAUGAGGACAAAAACAUUGAAGCAGUGCUGUCAAUCGACAAAUCUGCCAAAGUGAUGAUACUCGGUCAAUCGAGAGAUAUGGGCACGUGUCGUAGUCGGAAGAAGAACGGUGAGCGGUGCACGGCCGUUGUAAACCUGGAUAAAUGUGAAUAUUGCGUGUACCAUGUCAAGCAGGAGUACAAUAAGGCUUGUAAUCGCGGCGGUCUUAUUUCUUCUACGGCUGGUCGAGGUUUGAAUGAGCUACGCAACAAAGUGCUUGGGAAAAAUGAGGUUUUCUACGGGGGUCAAAGUUUCUCAGCCGUGAAAGCCAAGAAGAACCCAAAACAAGUCGAAAAGGACAAGCACCGCAUGAUGACCCUUUCUGAAUAUUAUCAAUCUCCUUUCCAAGGCAGUGGCAGCAGUAAUGGCAGUAGUCACUCGCAAUCUAGUUCAUCGAUUCCAUCCUAUCGCCAAGAACAGAACUCAAAAUCUUCCCAAAAUAAAGGUUCAGCAGCAGGGCUUGAACUGAAUAUCAAACAGCGAGAAAAGGAUGUGGAACGAUUGAAGCAACUUGGGUUGAGUUGCACUUCGGGUUCUUUAUCUUUGAGUAAGGAAGUCAUACCCGCUUCCAAAGAAGUCCCGAAAAAGGAUACCCCAUUGUUAACUCCUCGCCUAUCAGCGCCUAAUGGUUUCGAAAACAGAUCAUUCAGUUUAGAAAGUAAACCAACACCUCGCCUGAGCACCGGUAAUUUUGUGAUCGACUUGGGCACAUCGCCAAAACAAGCACUUCAAUCCCGUCAGAAAGCAGCAAACAUUCUUAAGACGAAGCCACUGGAAAAGUCCAACCCAAAUUUCAUCAAGUAUCGUGGUACAGAAAAAGGUAAAAAGCGAGCUCUAGAAGAAAUACAAACAAAAGAAGAUUUAGAGAACGGAAAUCUCUCGAAAAAACAAAAAUUGGAACAAGAUGAUAAGGCCCGUAAGGACCGCCUCAAAGCAAUCAUGGACGCAACAUCGUCUCACACAGACCUGAUCAAGGCUCACGAGGAUGAAGAGCAGGAGAAGUAUUUCAAAGAUCUCGAACGGAAGGAAGCAAUGGAGGAGAAGAUGAUGAACACCUAUAAAGUGGAAUGCAAGGCUGUGAUUUGUGUUCAGUGUAAGUACAUUGCUUUCUCGGCUGCCGACCGUUGUAAGGAAGAACGACAUGAGCUGAAGGUGCGCGAUGCCGAGAAACGAUUCUUCAAGUGUGCCGACUGUGGCAAUCGAACGGUCUCUCUACAUCGAUUACCCAAGACCACUUGUAAAAACUGCCAAAGCUCACGGUGGGAACGCUGUGCAAUGAUGCGUGAUAAGAAAGGAAAUGUUGGAGCUGGGUUGUCGAUUCGAGGCGAUGAGGAGAAAUUCUUGGGAAGUUGUGCAAACAGUGCUAAUUUGAAUUUGUUAGUUCCGGAAGAAAGUUAGAUUAUUACGCCAGGAGAAAUACUCAAGGCAUUACGUUGAACUUUGCUGGCAUGCUCAAACUCGCCAACCAUCUUUAAAUACUAUAUCGUUAGUUGCGGACCUACAAGAGGUAUGUGCGACAAUGUAGCCAACUUGGUGCGAUGGGAUCUGGCGCUGGAAAGGGUGGCGGCGGUGGUGGCUCUAUUCGUGAUGCCGGUGGUUCCUUCGGCAAGAUGGAGGUCGCCCAUGAGGAGGAAUACUUUUACAAG